UUUCACAUACACAACAUGGCGGACCCCGGAGAAGGAGGGGGCUCGGAGCAGGAUGAUAUCUCAUUUCUCCGAACGGAUGAUACAGUAUGUCUCAGCUGUGUAACAUCCUCGCGGGAGAGUAGUACAACUGAGCGAGUUUGUCUAGCAGCAGAAGGCUUUGGAAACCGAACCUGUUUCCUUGAAAAUGUAUCAAGCAAGGACACCCCACCAGACAUAUCAGUAUGUGCAUUUGUACUGGAGCAAGCUCUUUCGGUCAGAGCUCUGCAGGAAAUGGUUGGCUCAUCAUCCCAGGAUUCCACCACAGCACAGUCCGGUCACAGAACACUUCUAUAUGGCCAUGCUGUGUUACUAAGGCAUCUCCAUAGCAACAUGUAUCUGUCCUGCCUGUCAACCAGCUCAUCAAAUGAUAAACUCGCCUUUGAUGUCGGUCUGCAGGAAACAGCACAAGGUGAGUCCUGUUGGUGGACCAUCCAUCCGGCCUCCAAACAGAGGUCAGAAGGUGAAAAGGUCAGGGUAGGAGAUGACCUUAUUCUUGUUAGCGUGUCAUCAGAGAGAUAUUUGCACAUCUAUGGAGGCUCAAUGGUGAUAGCAUCGUUCCAGCAGACAUUAUGGACUGUAGUACCCAUGAGUUCAGGAGCAAUCAGUCAGAAAUCUCUAGGUAAUACUCUUGGAGGGGAUGUAAUAAGACUAUUUCAUGGUCAUAUGGAUGAAUGUUUAACUAUACCAGAAGCAGGGAGCGAAAAUGAAUUUACAGCGGUCAUGUAUGAAACUGGAGCAGUAUGUAGCCAUGCAAGGUCACUUUGGAGAAUAGAACUUAUACGAACAAAGUGGGCUGGUGGAUUUAUGGGAUGGGGACAGCAGUGUAGACUACGCCACGUGACAUCAGGCAGGUAUUUGGCUGUGACCAACGACAACAACGUCAUCACUGUCCAUAGACUCAAGGCAGACGAGAAGAGCAUCUCGUUUGUAUUGAUGGCAUCAAAGGAUGAGAAAAAACAAGCAGAGGGUCGUGAAGAUGAAGGCAUGGGAAAAGCAGACAUAAAAUAUGGUGACUCUAUGGUUUUCAUCCAACACAGUGAUACAGGAAAGUGGCUCUCCUACCAGACAUUUGAGACUAAGAAACGGGGACUUGGCAGGAUUGAGGAGAAAAAGGCUGUGAUGCUGGUUGAAGGUCACAUGGAUGAUGGAUUUUCAUUGAGUCGUGCCCAAGAAGAAGAGUCCAGAUCAGCCAGGGUUAUUCGCAAAUGUCAAUCACUUUUCACAAAGUUCAUCAAAGCACUGGACUCCCUGAAAACGGAAGGCAAGUCUAGUGUGACCUGGUCUCGAGUUAGCCUUUCUGAAGUACUCAAGUGCCUUGAAGAUCUUAUCGACUACUUUGCUCAGCCUGGGGAGGAGGAAGAACAUGAAGAAAAACAAAACAAACUACGAGCUUUAAGAAACAGACAAGAUCUUUUCCAAGAGGAGGGUAUGAUAGCCCUGAUCCUGGAGACAAUAGACAAGUUCAGCCAAUACAAAAGUCGCCGCCAUUUCGCUCACUAUGCAGGGGAGGAUGCUUCCAACAAGUAUGAGGACAUCUCCAGUUAUCUCUACUUACUGCUGGCGGCGAUGAUUCGUGGAAAUCGUGCCAACUGUGCACAGUUUGCCCAGUCAUACCGCCUUGAUUGGCUGGUGGACCGAUUGGAGAGUCAGCAAUCUUCCAAAGGAGUGUUAGAGGUGCUACACUGUGUCCUCAUCGACAGCCCUGAGGCACUGAACAUGAUCAAAGAAAAACAUAUCAACACCAUCAUAUCCCUCAUAGACCGCCAUGGCAGGGAUCCAAAGGUUCUGGAUGUGCUUUGUUCAUUAUGUGUGGGUAAUGGAGUAGCUGUGAGAACCAACCAAAAUCUGAUCUGUGAUAACUUGUUACCUGGCUGUGACUUACUACUACAAACCAAGCUCAUCGACCAUGUUAGCAGUAUGAAGCCCAACCUGUACGUGGGUAUAAAGGAGGGCUCGUCUAUGUACAAGAGGUGGUACUUUGAGGUGAUGCUGGACCACCUUGAAGUUGUAUCACAUGUUCCACCCUUGCUAAGAGUAGGUUGGGCAAACACCCAGGGUUUCGUUCCCCACCCAGGAGGUGGUGAGAAAUGGGGAGCCAACGGGACAGGCGACAAUCUGUACUCCUAUGCCUUUGAUGGACAAAGUCUGUGGACAGGUGGUCGACCAAAACUUGUGAGAGAGGGAAAAUUCUUCAAACAAGGUGAUGUGAUUGGCUGUACCCUUGACCUCUCUUUGCCUCAGAUUACUUUCUCUGUCAAUGGAAUCAAGGUCCCUGGAGUGUUUAAAGACUUCAAUAUUGAUGGGCUCUUCCAUCCUGUCCUAUCCAUGUCUGCCAGCACGAGUUGUCGGUUUUUACUCGGUGGUGAGCAUGGACGCCUGAAAUAUGGUCCCCCAGACAAUCACUCCCCAAUAGUGGAGUGUCUCCUCCCCAAAGAAAAGGUCAAAGUUGAACCAUGCUUCAUGUUUGGGGAAGUCCACCGUAACGUCAUCUCUGGCCCUACAGAGAUCUGUGAAUACUCACCAUUUGUGCCAAACCCUGUGGAUACAUCAAAUAUCCAGCUGCCUGUGUAUAUAGAAAAUGUGAGGGACAAGCUGGCAGAGAAUUUACACGAGAUCUGGGCCAUGAACAAGAUUGAACAGGGCUGGUCUUACGGGGAGGUGAGAGAUGAUCAACUGAAGAUGAAUCCGUCCUUAACCAACUUUGAGAGACUUCCAAUGUCUGAGAAGAAAUAUGUGAUCACAGUGGCAUUUGAGACUCUUCGCACACUACUGGCCCUAGGCUACCAUAUCAGUAUGGACCUGAAGAAAGAACAGAACAACAGGAUGAAGACAGUCAAACUACCUAACAACUUUUUACAGUCAAAUGGCUAUAAGCCAACACCCUUGGAUCUGGCAGCUGUAGACAUGGACCCUACCAUGGAGAAUCUGGUGGACAUGUUAGCUGAGAACACGCACAAUGUCUGGGCAAAGGACAGAAUUAAACAUGGCUGGACAUUUGGCUGGCAAGAGGAUCCACACACCAAGAGGAACCCUCACCUGGUACCUUACAGUAAAGUGGAUGACAACAUCAAAAAGGCAAACAGGGAGACAGCCAAUCAGACAGUGCGUACCUUGCUGGCUUACAUGUACAGUUUAGAGCCACCGACCAGCGAGACCGGCGAGACGGGUAUGACAGCCGUGAGCCAGGACACUCCCAGUAAACAGGUGACAACGAGAACAUAUCGUGGGGAGCUGACAUAUACUGUCACGUCAGGCAAAUGGUACUACGAGUUUGAGGUGAUAACUCCAGGCUACAUGAAGUGUGGAUGGGCUAAAGCCUUGGCAGACCCCAGUACAGAAAUUGGAUUGGAUUGCACAUCUUAUGCUUUUGAUGGAUUUUCUGGAUGUAAAUGGUACCAAGGAGCAGAGCAGUACGGCAAACAUUGGGCCCAGGGUGAUGUGAUCGGCUGUAUGUUAGAUCUGCAGGAUAGGACCAUCACAUUCUCUCUGAAUGGAGAACUGAUGAUGGAUUCCCUGGGCCAGGAGAUCGCUUUCAGAGGAAUUGAUUGUGAUGAUGGAUACAUUCCUGCUCUUACUCUUGGCUGUCAUCAGAAGGCCAGACUCAAUUUUGGGCAGGAUGUGAACACACUGAAGUAUUUUACUUACUGUGGUCUACAGGAAGGCUAUGAACCAUUCUGUGUGAACAUGACUAGAAGAAUGACACUGUGGUAUGGGAAGGAACAAGCUAUUUUUGAGUCUGUUACUCCUACUCACCCAAGCGUGCAGGUCCAGAGGAUUCCUGGCGGAGCUAAUGUAACACCAUGUCUGAAGGUAAUGUCCAAGACUUUUGGUGGUUUGGAGAAGGUACACCUGGAGUAUCUACGACUGAGUCUACCUGUUAAAUGUCAUGACGAGUUUGUCCCUAGGGACCGUACCAGUGGCUAUCCAACCUCUUAUGAGAGGAGGAUGAACCUGGAGAACAUCCGUCACCAUGAGAUGGACAUCGAAGAGGAGCACCAUGACGACUAUUACCCAGGAGAGGAGUCUAGUGAUGCUAACAUCAGUGAGGGCUCGUUAGAGCGACGCAGCAGACUAAUAGCAGAGGGUAAGCAGAGGGUAGGGGAUAUUAGUCCCACCAGCAGUGGCGGGAUGGACCUUCCAGGGUCAGCCAUUGUCAACGGGAAUGCCGGGGAUACCACACCCAUGGAAGAGAAAUCCCUAAGUCAUACUGGGGAUUCUAAGUCCCAGACAACCACCUCUCCUAUGCAGCGAGGGUAUGAUGACGACAUGCGCGCAGGUAAUCGUCGCAAAAACUUCUCCAAACAAGAAGGUCGAGGGCGCUCUUUGGAUGAAGCUCAUCCAGAUGAUCGUGCCACCACUGGACUCAAAACAGCUGUUAGUGAAUCACAGCUUAAUGGAGACCAGAGCAGUGGUCUGCUUGUUCCAGAUGAGAAGAAGUCGUCCUCGAAGUUGUCUUUACUUGGUGACAAGCUGAUAGACACUGCCAAACAGCUUAGUGAAAAGAAAGCCAAAAAGUCUAAGUCACCCUUUGGAGCAUUUUUGAAGAAAGCACGUGACAUUUCUCCUCAGGGUUCAAAACGUACUCGAAGUGUGGAGUAUGGCAGUCUGGACAGGAAGCAAAUGCCUGGUUAUCAAAUGCAGAAGGAAAAGAAACCGAGUCCUCAGCCACGGUCACAAACUCUGCCACCAUCAAAGACAAUAGAUUCCAUGACAACAGAUGGAGACACACCCACCUCACAAGGACCAGUAAUUAACAUUGAGGCACCAAGAGGGAUCAUUCCGUAUGAGUUCCAAGAUGCAAUGGGCAAACGACACAUGUUUGGACGUGAUUUUACAGGAAGUGAAGGCUCUGACCCAGACAAUUCUGAAGGUGACCUUCAGGAAUUAAUGGCUAUUGCUGACACCAUUGAUGAGUACAACUUUUCUGUGAGAAUAUUUCCUGGCCAGGAUCCUGCCCAGGUGUUUGUGGGUUGGGUCACUCCAGGAUUUCAUUUCAAUGAAUCAAACUUUGAGAUGAAGAAGACACGUCAUGUUGUCCUUUCUGUCCUUGAUGACAACUAUGCCAUAAAACAGAGUGUGAGCCGUAAGAACACCUACAUGAUAUCUGCUGGUGACCUUCAGCAGAGGUACGGAGGGACCAAUCAAGAGAUGUCUUCCAAACGGUCCUCCCCUGGACUUGUCAUCGGCUGUUAUAUCGAUAUAUCAACUGGUGUCCUCAGCUUCUCAGUCAACGGAAAAGAGGUGGCCAACAAAUACCAGGUGGAGCCUGGCACCAAGUUGUUUCCAGCUGUAAUCUGUGAGCCCACCAUCAAAGAGAUGCUCCAGUUUGAGCUUGGCCACACCAAACAAACAUUGCCCUUGUCAGCAGCUGUGUUCCGCGGCCGUAAGCAGGUGGUUCCAGCUUGCCCCUCACGUCUGGAUGUACAGGUGCUGCGACCAAGUAGCUGGGCACGUGUACCACAGUCACUACUUGAUAUUCACACAUUACGAAUGUCCACUCGUGGUUACAGCAUGCUGUGUAGUACACCAGAAAGUAUGAUGUCUUUAUAUAUUCCGGAGGAAGACCGAAGUCUGGACAUACUAGAAUUGAUAGAACACAAGACACUAUUGGAUUUUCAUGCCAAGACUCUGGACCUGUACAACAGUGUAUGUUCCCAUGGUAACCACAGAGUAGCCAAUGUCCUUCAACAACACGUCAACGAAAAACAACUGAUGUACUGUAUACAGAGUGAGAGCUUGUCUGGUCCAUUGAGGAAUGGCUAUCAUAACUUGUUGAUCGCCAUGCACUUGGAAUCGCAUGCUCAGUCCAGACUUAGAACAACCAAUGAAUUCAUCAUCCCACUGUCUGCACAAAGUCCCAAGUUGACUCUGUAUCGUGCUGUUAGUACAGAGAAUCAGCUCCAUCAGACUAAACACACCAUCCCAAGCAUGGACAACAGUGUGUCCAUUCGACCACAACUUGCUAUUUCAGAAAAGGGUAUUGAAGCCAGGGUUAAAAGUGGUGGUAAGGAUUGCACAGCUCCAUACUUCCCCAUGGAAAAGCUCAAGUUCUUUGUGAUGAAGGCAGUGAAGGAAGCUGUACAAAAUGGUGGCGCUCACGUCAGGGAUCCGAUUGGUGGCAGUAACGCUAAUCUGUUUGUCCCUCUGUUGAAAGUGAUCGACCGGCUGCUUGUAAUGGGCUGUCUCUAUGAUGAUGACCUCUUGGAACUCCUUCAACUGGUCAAUCCAAAGGCCUUCCCAGAUAUACAUACUGAGAAUCCAGGGCUACUUGAAAUGAAACUGGAUGAGCCUGUGAAAUUAGAGAUGUGUAGAAUCCUGCAACACCUCUGUAACCUCCAGCUGAGACACCGGGUGGAGUCUAUCGUGUCUUUCUCCGACGAGUUUGUAGGCGACUGCCAAAAUGAUCAGUUGAGAAGGUACCAGGAAAUCAAACAGUCCAAUCUAUCAUCUGCUGUCACUGCCAGGAUCACAAAAGAGUUCCGUUGUCCACCUCAUGAACAAAUGAGAAAUUUGCUGGCCUUCAAAACUGAGGAAGACGCUGAUCCCAACAUGCCUUGUCCUUGCCGAGAAGACCUGAAAGACAGACUGAUGAAUUUCCACAACAACUUACUGCAACACUGUGCCAUGCCGAGUAAACCAGAGGAUGAUGAGGAGAAUGGUGAGGUUGCAACAGAAGAAAGGGAACCACCACCUUCCUCAAGUGUUGGAGAAAAACUCCUUAAAUUGGUAUGGAAGUCAAAGGAGGAAGAACAAGAGCCAGAGGUGUCCAAGCCGAAAGAUGGUAAGAUAGACAGUCUUCAGAAGCUGAUUCAGAACACCAUGAUCUCCUGGGCGGAGGAAUCAUUCAUGACAAACCAGGACUUGGUCAGAGAAAUGUUUGGCCUACUUCACCGCCAGUAUGAUGGCAUUGGAGAGCUGAAUACAGCCUUGGACAAAGCCUAUGUAAUCAGUAGUGGCAGUAAAGAAGAUAUUGACCAUUUGUUGCACUCUCUGGGUAACAUUCGUGCCCUUCUCUUGGUGCAAGCUGGCCCUGAUGAAGAGGAGCUGAUGAAAAACAGCCUCAAGGACCUGAUGGACAACAAAGUGUUUUUCCAGCACCCUGACCUGAUGCGUGCCCUCUGUGUCCAUGAGACCGUUAUGCAGUUGAUGGUUAAUACACUCAACAAGGCCCAGCAGCAGCAACAGUCUGCUACUAGUGGUGUGGCUGAACUGACCACGACCCAGGGCCGGCGGUCAUCCUUCAUCCCAGCAGGCACAAUGGACAGCUUGGCGGAACAUACUAAGGAUGCUGCUGCUGAGAUGGUGGUGAUGUGCUGCCGAUUCCUCUGCUAUUUCUGCCGUACCAGUCGCCAGAACCAACGUGCUAUGUUUGAACAUCUCAGUUACCUGUUGGAAAAUAGUAGCAUGCUUUUAGCUCGCCCAUCACUAAGGGGUUCCUGUCCCCUGGAUGUAGCCUACUCCUCUCUGAUGGACAACAAUGAGUUGGCUCUUGCCCUGAGGGAAGCACAUCUAGAGAAAGUGGCUGUCUACCUAUCACGCUGUGGGUUGCAGUCCAAUGCAGAACUCUUGGAGAAGAACUAUCCAGACAUAGGCUGGGACCCAGUCGAGGGAGAACGCUUUAUUGACUUCCUCAGAUUCUGUGUCUGGGUCAAUGGUGAGAGUGUUGAGGAAAACUCCAACCUAGUGGUGCGUCUCUUGAUCCGCCGUCCAGAAUGUCUUGGUCCUGCUCUGAAGGGUGAGGGAGGUGGCCUCCUAAAGGCCAUGAAAGAUGGCAUCAGAAUGUCUGAACAGAUCGCUGCAGCUCGUGAUGGUUUGUCUGCUGGCUUCCUCUCAGCCUUGAAUGAUGAUGAUGACUCUGGUGGAAGAUAUCUAUUCCAGACGAAGUACAACUUUAACCAGCUGCCACCUGAGGAUGAUGAGGACUACAUUGACAUGGGGGGAGCCAUUCUGAACUUCUAUGCAGGACUUGUAGAUCUGUUGGGCCGCUGUGCUCCUGAUGCAGAAACAAUCAAAUCUGGUCGCAGUGACUCGAUUCGAGCCAGAGCCAUUCUCCGCAGUUUGGUAUCCAUGCAGGACCUGGAGGGCGUCCUUGGACUAAAGUUCAUUCUGCCCAUCAACCAGGCUGCAGCACCGGGUGAUGACAGUGAGAGUCAGGGUGCUGGGGCUCCUGCUAUGGAAUUACCUCCAGGCCUGUCACCUGCACACAAGGCCUCAGUCAUGCUAUUCCUAGAGAGGGUCUAUGGCAUUGAGGAUCAGGCCACAUUCUUCAGGAUCCUAGAGGAUGGAAUCCUUCCUGAUUUACGUGCCGCAACAACGUUGGAUACUGUACGUCCAGCUAAUGCCACAGGAUCAGACAGUGACACAGCACUGGCCCUGAAUCGCUAUAUUGGCAGUUCCAUCCUGCCACUUCUCACCAACUACAGCCACUUUUUCGGGGAUGCUGACCACGCCUCCACCUUGCUAGACUCCACACUUAACACAGUGUAUCGUCUCUCCAAGUGUCGCUCACUUACCAAGGGGCAGAUGGAGGCUGUAUCCGACUUCCUUGUUGCAUUUACCAACCAACUUCGACCCCCAACAAUGACUAGAUUGCUGAGGAAGUUGGCUUGUGAUGUACCAGCUUUAUCAGAAAACACAGUUGUACCCUUAAGGGUGCUGACCUCCUACUAUGAGAGGUGUGGUCGCUACUACAGUUUCGGAGGCUGGGGGUCUUAUGGAUCUGCUACAGAGGAGGAGAAGAGGCUCACCAUGAUGCUUUUCAAUGGAAUUUUCGAUGCUUUGGGUCACAGAGCCUAUGACCCAGAACUGUUUUCGAAAGCUCUACCCUGUUUGUCAGCCAUCGGUUGUGCUCUGUCACCUGACUACUCACUAACAUACCAGGAUGACAGUUGGCUGCGACAGGCAAACAUGGAUGCUGAGGGCACGUACAAUCCUACCCCUGUCAACACUUACAGGAUUCAUCUGACUCAGUCCCUGGAGUCAGCCAUUACUAAAUUUGCUGAGCACUUCCAUGACAACUGGGCUUUGAAGAAGAUCGAUGGUGGAUGGUUGUUUGGUACAAAUUACGACGACGACAGAAAAACACACUACAUGCUCAAACCUUAUCACCUGCUGGACGAAAGUGACAAAGUCAGGUAUGAGGAACCUGUGAGAGAGGGAGUUAAAGCUAUGCUAGCCUGGGGCUGGACCCUCACACAGGACCAGAGCAGGCUGGCUGCCAACAGAGAAAGCAUGAAACGUCGCAUGUCCAAGGAUGGGCAUGACCAUGGUUACAGCCCACGACCUUAUGACCUCAGAAACAUGACCAUCACCAGGGAAAUGCAGACACUCGCUGAGAGAUUGGCAGAAAACUCCCAUGACAUGUGGGCCAAGAAGAAAAAAGAGGAAUUAGAGGAAAUGGGUGGAGGAGUUCACCCACAGCUGGUUCCAUACGACACCCUGACAGACAAGGAGAAGAAGAAAGACCGUGACCAUGCUCAUGAACUCCUCAAGUUCCUUCAGUUCCUUGGCUUCAGAAUUCACAGUGAGAAGGUUGACCCUUGGGAGGAAGGUGUUAGUGACACAGCAACAACGAUGCCAAGCCAGAAAAAAUCAUCUUCCAGACCGAGCAAGGAUUCAGAAGCAGACAGUGGGGUUGGUGUUUCGGCAACAGAAAAGCGCUUUGCCUACAGCUUACUGGAGAAACUACUUCAAUACUUUGAUGAUGCCGCCAUCCACAUGACUCAGAACCGACCUAGCAGUCGUUUCUCCCGACGUGAAAGUUACAGCAUAGCCACGGAAGAUGUCAAGUUCUUUGGAAAGGUGGUCCUGCCUUUUGUGGAAAAGUACUUUGCUGCUCACCGUGAAUACUUUGUGGGCAAACCCAACUCGCCUACCUGCAGCGCUUCUGCCUCAGUCAAGGAGAAGGAAAUGACUGCCAGCCUGUUCUGUAAGUUGGCCCAGACACUGAGAGCAAGGAUCCAGGCAUUUGGACAUGAUGUGAACAUCUCAGUACGUUGUCUACAGGUGCUUAUCCAGGCUGUAGAUGCCAGGUCUGUCAUGAAGAACAGCCCAGAAAUGGUGCGUUCUUCAUUGUUACCAUUCUUCAACAACACUGCCGAUGACCUUGCCCAGGUGGUGGAUAAUCUCAAGCGGGGUCGUUUCAGCCACAUCAAGGGCACUAUACUUAAGGGUGCCACCAGCCUGGACUUUGUCCAUAUGGUCAUCCUUCCUGUCCUUUCCUCCCUCUUUGACCACCUAGGGCGCAGCCAUUUUGGAGCCGACGUCAUUGUGGGAGAUAUCCAACUAUGUUGCUACAGAAUCCUCAACUCUCUUUACUCUUUGGGAACCAGCAGCUCAGAGAUUGUACAGAGGGAAUCAGUCUUAUCGGAGUUGUCCAGACAUCGACCAGCUCUCGGAGAAUGUCUUGGAUCCUUUGCUGCCUGCUUCCCUGUCGCUUUCCUGGAGCCUGACCUCAACAAAUACAACAAAAACUCCAUCUUGUACGGACUAGAGGGCAAGAUAUCUGAACAUUCACUUGAGGCACAAGAGGUGAUGGACCAGCUAAAUGAGAACCUGCCUGUAUUAGACAAGAUCAUCCUGGAGAUCGAGGAGUUAGCCCAGUCUGGGGGUAAAUACCACGAGGCUCCUCACGUGAUAGAGGUCACCCUACCAAUGCUCUGCAGUUACUUACCGUUCUGGCUGGUUGAAAGGCAAAAGUCCAUUGAUUCAGUGACUCAGGUUACCACGGUAACUGGAGAGUUGAUGAACAAUGUUCUUGGUAAUGUGCUCAAACUCAUUAGGAACAACGUAGGCAGUGCUGACGCUCCUUGGAUGAACCGGAUAGCAACCCGAACCCAGCCAAUCAUUGUCAACUCCACUCCGGACAUGAUCAAAGAACACUUCCUACCCAUUGCCAUGAAGCUAAGGGAAGGUAACUCUGGUGUUGAACAGCUGGAGAAGCGCCUUUUGGCAAGCAAGCAUAGUACAACAGAUGUAGCUGACCUUGAACAGGAGACACAGGAGGCCUUUGGGAUCCUAGUGAGAGAUAUCUAUGCAUUCUAUCCCCUGUUGAUCAAGUAUGUAGACCUACACAGGUCACAAUGGCUGAAGAAUCCGUCCUCAGAAGCUGAAGAGCUCUUCACCUGUGUUGCUGUUAUGUUUGGCCUGUGGUCAAGGUCCAUUUUGUUUAAGCGCGAGGAACAGAACUUUGUGAUGGCCAAUGAAAUAGACAACAUGGCUUUGAUCAUGCCAAGUCAGACCAAAGCUGCAUCGACAAGCAAUCCAGAGAACGUGACUACCAAUAAACGCCAUGGUCGUAAACGUGAGAAAAAGAGGAUGGAACUUCACAAUAGUCUAAAUGUAGCAUGCUUGAAGCGUCUCCUUCCCAUUGGGUUAAGUUUCUUCAGUGGACGUGAACAAGAGUUACUACAGCAUGCCAAACAGAAGUUGAUUGAGGACACCGAUCGUGAGGAAAUCAUAUCAGGGAAAGAUACAGAGGCAGAUAUUGAAGAAUACUUGAUUGAAAGUCUGGCAGCAGAUGAAGGUCCAGCAGAUGACAAAGUAAAAUGGCAGAAAGUGUUGUAUCGCAAGAUAGGCGGUAACCAUGGAGGGGAGAUAAACCAGAGACAGGCUAUAGAUAGGAUCCUGUCCAUGGCCAAGGUCAUGCAUGGUCUCCACAUGCAACAGGAUCCUUCGUUAGCUUCUAGCCUCAUGACGAAUUCUAAGUUUGAAAUGAAUGUGAAGGUGGAUGGGAGGUAUGGCGGCAUGCUCUCCGUUGAACAUCCUUCUCCAUCUCACAAAAAUGCAUGGAAGAAAGUUAUCUCCAGUCAAAGGAAAAGGGCUGUAAUGGCUUGCUUCAGGAUGGUACCUCUUCACAACCUGCCGAGGCACAGAGCCAUCAACUUGUUCAUGAAGUCCUACAAGAAGCAGUGGAUGGAUAUGGAAGAAAGUGAGAAGAAAGUCCUCAUAGAAGAUCUCACGAAAUCAGAUGAUGCAGAAGAAGAUGCUGAGAAGAAGGAGACCGAUGAGGAAGAGAAACCAGAUUCCCUAAAACAGCUGAUGACCUGUCUCAGUCGGGCAGCAACCAAGGAACAACAAGGCAGUCUUCCAGAGGAUGAACUCUACAUGGCUUACUCCAAGAUCAUGGCUCAGAGCUGCCACUGUGAGGAUGAAGAUGAAGAUGAUGAUGGAGGUGAUGCUGAAGGUCCUGGUUCAUCAUUCCAGGAACAGGAAAUGGAGAAGCAACAGUUGUUGUUUGAGCAGUCACGGUUGGCUGACAGAGGAUCAGCAGAAAUGAUGCUUCUCUACAUCAGUGCAAGCCGUGGUGUGUUCAGUCCAAUGGUGGUUGACACAAUUGAGCUGGGCAUCUCCCUCCUUGGAGGAGGAAACGUUGAAGUACAGAAGAAAAUGCUCAACCACCUGAAGGAUAAAAAAGAUGUGGGAUUCUUCACCUCUAUAGCUGGUCUGAUGCAGCAGUGUGGUGUUCUAAACCUUGAUGCCUUUGAGAGAACCAACAAAGCUGAGGGUCUAGGUGUGAGCUCUGAUGCAGGAGCAGGAGAAAAGAAUCUCCAUGAUGCUGAGGUCACCAUCAAACUAUUCCGCUUCCUCCAACUGUUGUGUGAAGGUCACAACCUUGAGUUCCAGAACUACCUACGAACACAAGCAGGUAACAAUACAACAGUCAAUGUUGUCAUCUGCACUGUGGACUAUCUGCUGCGUCUCCAGGAGUCCAUAAUGGACUUUUAUUGGCACUACUCUGGCAAAGAUCUCAUUGACCAGGCUGGCAAAGAGAAUUUUGUACGAGCCAUCAAGGUAGCCAAACAGAUGUUCAGGUCCCUAACUGAGUACAUACAGGGUCCCUGUUCCCAGAACCAGUUGGCUCUGGCUCACAGUCGACUGUGGGAUGCUGUUGGAGGAUUCCUAUACAUCUUUGCACAUAUGCAGGACAAGUUAUCAAAGGAUCCAUCUCAACUGGAACUGCUGAGGGAGUUUAUGAGACUUCAGAAAGACAUGAUGAUCAUGCUGUUGUCUAUGUUAGAAGGAAAUGUAAUGAAUGGAGCAAUCGGCAAACAGAUGGUGGACACAUUGGUGGAGUCUUCAGGGAAUGUAGAGAUGAUUCUGAAGUUCUUUGACAUUUUCCUAAAGAUGAAAGACCUGACCUCAUCUGAAGCUUUCCUGGAGUUUGACACCAACAAGGAUGGGUACAUAUCUGCUAAAGAGUUCAGGAAAGCUAUGGAAGCCCAGAAAAUGUAUACACGAGAAGAGAUCGAGUACAUCAUGAUGUGUGUGGAUGCUAACCAGGAUGGCAAGGUAGACUUCAAUGAGUUCACAGACCGUUUCCAUAAUCCUGCCAAAGACAUUGGUUUCACAAUGGCAGUGUUGCUUACCAACUUGUCAGAGCACAUGCCCAAUGACCCACGUCUGGAGCGCUUCCUGGAGAAGGCUCGUAGUGUACUUGAUUACUUUGAGCCGUUCCUUGGAAGGAUUGAGAUCAUGGGCAGUGCCAACAGGAUUGAGCGUGUCUACUUUGAGAUCACACAAUCACACAUUGACCAGUGGGAGAAACCUCAGAUCAAGGAAUCCAAACGUUCCUUCCUCCACAGUGUGGUCAAUGAUGGAGGGGACAAGGAGAAGCUUGAGAGCUUUGUCAACUUCUGUGAGGACACCAUCUUUGAGAUGCAACAUGCCACAAGCAUUAGUGCUGAAGAGCAAAGGAUUGCCUCCCUUAGAAGUGGUGUUGGAACUGAAGGGGGAGGUGGAGGGAUGUUGGAGCCACUGAAGAUGGGCUACCGAUUCAUGAUGGAUGGCCUGUUUACAAUAUUAUCAUUCUUCACCUGGACAAAUCUUAAGUCAGGGUACAGGAUGUACAGGAGCAUGUCCUACUGGCAACUGUUCAAAGCUCUCGUCAAACUCAACUUUAAAAUCUGCUUCACGCUCCUUACAUUCCUCUUCCAUGUCUUCUGGACAUUACUGAAGUUUGUGGCUAACAUGAUGAUGGGUGAGAAGAGUGCAGAACCGACAACGCCCCAGGGUCCAAAGAUACUGGCCCUACCUGCCCCGGAGCCAAAGGAAACGCCUAAACCACCCAUUAUACCACCAGUCGAGAUUGAGACAGCAGAACCUGUCAGGGCAUUCGGCAUGGCGAUCUCUACAGAGGAUGGUGAUCCAACGAUUCAGUUGGACUCUGACAAUGUCUCAACACAACCUAGUGCGGAAGCCACAGCUGAGGGAACUGUUACAGGAGCACCACAUGAGGAUCCAGUUACCACCACAAACGACGCACAAGCCACAGAACAGUCCUUCCUGUCUGCAGAGAUGGCAAAGGCUGCCUAUGGCUCUAACACAACACCACAACCUGCUGAUGAAGAUGAUGUGCCUUACGAAACUAAAGGAUUUGAUUACGGAAAAUAUGUGCUGAGCCUGUUUGCCAGGAACUUCUACAACUUCAAGUACAUUGCUCUUGCUCUGGCCUUUGGUAUCAACAUUAUGCUGCUGUCCUACAAGGUAAGUAAGCUUCAUCAUGAGGUAGACUUGGAGGAUGGCGGUAAUGGAACGGAGGCUGAGGAUGAUGACGACAUGGAGUACAUAUCCAUGGAAGGCGAUGUCAACUGGAGGGAACCUACUAUGUUUGGUCUAGCUUUGUUCCAUACACUCACAGCCUUCUCCAUGCUCAUUGCCUACUACUGUCUCAAAGUGCCACUAGUCAUCUUCAAAAGGGAAAAGGAUAUCGCCCGUAAUCUGGAGUUUGAGGGGAUGUGGAUUGCAGAACAGCCAGGAGAAGAAGACAUCAAGGGACGUUGGGACAAACUGGUCCUGAGCACUUGUUCCUUCCCUGAGAGUUACUGGGACAAGUUUGUCAAGAAGAAGGUUCGCGCCAGGUAUGCUGAUCAGUACGACUAUGAGGCCAUUAGCAACCUCUUGGGAAUGGAUAAGGGCGACUCUAUCAAAAUUGGUGAACAACAGAACUCCAGUAUAGUGCCAGAUUUCCUCCGCAAUCUUGACUGGCAGUACCAGUUCUGGAAGUGGGGUGUUAUUUUCACUGACAAUUCAUUCCUGUACUUACUAUGGUACUUCAUCUUCUCCGUCCUUGGCAAUUUCAACAAUUUCUUCUUCGCUGCUCACUUGUUGGAUGUUGCCAUCGGUUUCAAAACAUUGAGGACAAUCUUGCAAUCUGUCACACAUAAUGGAAAACAGCUGGUGUUGACUGUGAUGCUGACAAGUGUGAUUGUGUAUAUCUACACUGUGAUAGCCUUCAACUUCUUCCGUAAAUUCUAUGUGAAGGAGGAGGACGGUUCAGUAGACUACAAGUGUCAUGACAUGGCCACUUGCUUUGUGUACCAUCUCCAUACUGGAGUGAGGGCCGGUGGUGGCAUUGGUGACGAGAUUGAGCCUGCAGACGGAGACGCAUAUGAAGUGUACAGGAUCUUGUUCGAUAUCACCUUCUUCUUCUUUGUCAUUGUCAUUCUGCUGGCCAUUAUCCAGGGUUUGAUCAUUGAUGCCUUUGGUGAGCUCAGGGACCAGCUAGAGCAAGUGAAAGAAGAUAUGGAGUCAAAGUGCUUCAUCUGUGGUAUCGGGAAAGAAUACUUUGAUAAGAUACCACAUGGGUUUGAGACCCAUGUCAAGAAUGAACACAAUUUCGCAAAUUACAUGUUCUUCUUGAUGCAUUUAAUCAACAAGCCUGAUACAGAAUACACUGGACAGGAGUCCUAUGUCUGGGAGCUGUAUCAGCAACGGGCUGGGAUUUCUUCCCUGUGGGUGACUGCUUCAGGAAACAGUACGAAGAUGAAGCCUCAACCUAAUACAAACAGACUGAAGACAGUCAACGUCAUUAAAGAGGCUAACAAUCCUGAUGUUCAAGGUCAUUUAAUGCAAAAUUAUGGCCUUGGAUUAUUUCAAUUAUUGUCCCAAACAGGAGAUGAAUUAAGCUGCUCAAAAUUUGGGGUGUUACAAGAAAUUCAACCACAGAAUUUCCUCUAGGAACAUGCAGAAAUUCCCCAUCAAAGCAUUUCUUUGACCUUUCUAAAGGUAACUAUAGCCUUGGAGCAAAGCUUUCUCUCUGUUGACAUGGUGACAAGCCUCAAGUGCGGUUCCAUUGACAUGGUACCCAGACCCUUACCACACCUAGUGUGUACCCAAACCAAAGUGAUAUCAUCUCCAUGGCUCCAAGUUCCUUUUAUUUCAUUUAAUGUCCGUGGAUUAAUUCAGUGUUACCCAUGUAUAACAGGCUACUGGUACUUUACUGCUGGUCUGUUUCUAGUGACAAUCUUUGUUCAUGGAAUUACCUUAAGAAAGCUAACUAUUCUUUUGUUAAGAAAUCAGUAUUAUGCAAAAGAGUCCCACUCUUGUGAUUAAUAAAUGUAAAGUAGAAUUGAAAGAAUGGUGUUAGGUGACAAAACGUGUGUUUUGAAGAAGGAAACAAGUAUUAAUCUUGAUAAACCUGAAGUAUGGACUGUUUUUGCAGUGAGGAUGGGAAAAUGUGCAAUUUUUUUAAAUAAACUUUUAAACAAAAUUGACCCACUUUCUUCACCUGAUUUUAAUAUUUACAGUUGUAGACAAGGACUGAAAGUUUUACAUGUGAUUUUUAGUAAAACACUUUGUGGUUAAAUGGAAAUUUAUUUACAAACUUGUAUAUUGUUUCCAAUUUUCUUUUUCCUUUUGUAGAAGAGAAUUACUUCUGUUCAUGAAAAUUUUGGUUUUAUGUAAAAUUUGCUCUUACAUUUUAUGCCCUGUUUAGAACCUGUUCAUCAUGAUGGAAAGUUUUAAAUAGUCUUUUCAUUUUAAAUUUAUAAAAUACCUGUAUUACUUAAUUUUGCAAAUGGGCAGUCUGAUUUUUUUUGCCAAAGUUAUUUCAUUAAUGUGCUAGAUAAUUGAUAUGAAACGACAGUAUAAGUGUUCCUUGUAAAUAUAUGAGUGUGUCCCUCUCUGUAUGUGUCUGAGAAAUGACUUAUAUAUUUUCUGGAUAGAUUGGUACAUGUACUUUUUAACUUGAAAACAUAAGCUUGUUAAACUAUUUGAAUGUGCAAUAGAAUAUUAUACAUAGCAAACUUUUGAUUGUGCAUUUUAAGCGACAAAGUGAUUUAGUCUUCCAUUUUUCAUCCCCAUGUUUUUUCUGGCUGUUAUCCAGACCAUUAACAUAUCAUAUAUAGAGCCCCUAAUAUAUAGUAUACAAUGUAUAUAGUAUUUAUUUACACACCUGUGUACUGACAUGCUGAGGGGUGUAGGUGCUGACUGUCACUAGAAGCAGUGUGGUACCCACACAGGUCGAGCCUGUCAUGUGUUUUGGCCACAUUUCUCAUUUUACCAGUGCAUUUAAUAUAGGAAUGUUUUAUCUAUAAUGAUCAAGGUCCUUCACAAUUUCGAUAUUACUUGUGCAUUUUUUUCUAAAUAUUUUGUUUCACUUGCUGGUAAAUUUGAUGCUGUUGUUACCACCUCGUUACUGCAAAUAUAUAAGGUACCAUGCCAAUGGUCACCCUAUUGAAUAAAAACAUUUUUUUAUAAAACUUUGAAAAA